AUGGCCGACCCAAAGACAGACUACGCGGAGCCGGCAUACGCGCAGCAUCAAGACAAAAGUAAAGUUCCAUACUACCGCUCUAAUCUCGAUGAUCGUAUCUCUCCCGAUCUCAAAGAGCUGCUCGAAACGUAUAGCCAAAUCCCUCGCGACCAGCAAUCCGCACACAUCCAUCGCAUUCGCGAUCUUGCUUGGGCGAUCCGUCAAUAUCCCUGCACUGGCUCGGGCGGCUGGCUCAAGCCUCAGCUGCGUCAGCUUCCAAUAUACCCCGAGAUCCUCACCCGCGCCAAAGAAGGGGCCACAAUCAUCGACAUUGGCACCUUUGUGGGCCAUGAUCUCCGCCGCCUCGUCUACGAUGGCGCCUCCUCCGAACACCUGUGGGGCAUCGACAUCGUGAGCCACUGGGACGUGAGCUAUGAGCUCUUCAACGACCGUAGCCGCUGGAAGGGCCACUUUCUCGAGGCUGACUUCUUGACCGCUGCAUCAAGCGAUGCGUUUGCGCCACUCCGCGCUAAUACCGACGUAAUCGUCAUCUCGCAGGUGCUACACCAGUGGGUUUGGGCUCAGCAAGUCCGUGGUGCAACCGCUUUGGUGGCGCUCACCAAACCAGGUUCGCUCGUGGUGGGGAAUCAGAUGGGCAAGCCUGAUGCGGGAGAAGUCGUGCCAGCAGGCUUCACCGUGCCCUUGUAUGUCCAAAGCCCUGAGUCGUUCGCGAAACUUUGGGAAGAGGUCGGUGCGGCGACGAGUACACGCUGGGAGACGCAGUGCUGGCUCCGCACGUGGGAUCAUAUCGGCGUCGACAGCAAAGAAUCGGCCUUCAUGGGCCCUGAUGUUGGAAUCCUCGAGUUUGUCGCUCGCCGAACAGACUAA